CUAGUGGUUGAGGUAGCGGCGGGAGCGGCUUGGUGGCAAGAGGAGCCGUUACGCGUGAGCUGAACGAUUAAACCUGAUCAAGAUGACAACCUCCCAAAAGCACCGAGACUUCGUGGCGGAGCCCAUGGGGGAAAAGCCAGUGGGGAGCCUGGCUGGGAUUGGUGAAGUCCUGGGCAAGAAGCUGGAGGAAAGGGGCUUUGACAAGGCAUAUGUGGUCCUUGGCCAGUUUCUGGUGCUAAAGAAGGAUGAAGACCUCUUCCGGGAAUGGCUCAAGGACACGUGCGGUGCCAAUGCCAAGCAGUCUCGGGACUGCUUUGGGUGCCUCCGAGAGUGGUGCGAUGCCUUCUUGUGAUGCUGUCUGGGGAGCCCCCAGUCCCCAGCCCUGAGUCUCCAGAGUUUGCAGUUGAGUGGGGACUCCUCCUCUGUCCUCUAGAAGGAAAAGAUUGCUGUUGUCAUGCUCACUUCCAGCGUACUCCAGGAUCUUUUAGGAGUUUUUUCCCCUCACCAUUUCAACUUUUUUGGAAUUGUCACUCAUGCAUGAGUUCCCGUUUCUCCUCCUUCUCCUGCCAGUUCCAUGGCGAUAGUUAACCAGCUUUCCUGAGUGGAUUCCUGGCCCCUUCUUCCCUUGCACCUUCACUUCUAGUCUGUUUUUAUGCCAUUUGGCUCCUUUUUGGCAGAACAGUCAUUGUCUUUGUAAAGUUUUUUAAAUCAAUAAAGUCAGUGGCCUUCA